GCUAGUACGCCGGUGACAAGUGCGCCGGGACACCGAGCGUCCACCGGUCGUAGUCCCGUAAGGCAGCUGGGUCCCGGUACAAGGGAUACCGGUGGGCUGCCGGCAUCCGGUGCAAGGGACCCUGGUGCAACCGGUGCACCGGUGGAUGCAAGCUAUGCCUUGCCUGGUGCAGGGACGGGUGGCGGCUUCAAGAUUACAGGUGGUGGCUCAAUGUUCCUGAAAUCACGACAGAAGGCCAACACGACCACCACUACAUCUUCGUCAGUCUCCCCCCAGUCAACCGCCACUAGUCCCAGCUAUGAGCAGAGGCGCAUCACUGACCCAUCCGAACAAGGUGUCCAAGAAUUCUCCGACAAACCAACGCACCGUUUCGAGCAGAUUCACGAUGACGUGGAGUCUCUGCAGUCUCUAAUUGACGAGGUAGCCUCGCGAGUGGAGUCAAGGUCACACUCACACGAGGCGGCCUCGCGAGGGGAGUCAAGGUCACACUCACACGAGGCGGCCUCGCGAGUGGAGUCAAGGUCACACUCACACGAGGCGGCCUCGCGAGGGGAGUCAAGGUCACACUCACACGAGGUCCCUUCCUUCCCGCUCAAGGGCAUCCUAAGGGAUUCGUCACCCACCAGUAGGGCCGCUGCACUCUGGGAUGUCGAUCCUUCCCUUAUGACAGCCGAAGAGAAAACAGCCCUGAAAAAUCAGGAGUUGGAGGAUGAGAGGAAGCGAAGUGUAAGAUUUGCCGAUUUCGAAAAGCUGCCACUGGACAUCCGGUUCGAGAUGCCAGACUCUGAAGACAGCCUCACUCCCAGUUCCGAUGGAAAGGAGGAGUGGGAGUCUGAUGAUGAUAAACAACUAGCCGCCGAUCUUGCAGAUGCCUCAUCCUUGAACAACAACGAUCUCAAGAAAGAACUAUUCAAGCUCGACAACUUAAACUCCAGGACAAACGUUCUCGAUGACUUGAACAAGCUGGAAACAAACUGGCUGGAAGUGAAAAACAAACGAGAGAGAGAGAAUAAAGACGAGAGCGACUUACUAAAUCGACUGUCUCAGUUAAAACAGAAGGAGAUUGAAAUAUUCAACGAUAACAGCACAGUUAACGAGAAGAUAGUAAAUAAAAAUCUCAAGUGUUUAGAUAACAACAAUUUCACACCAAAUAUCAAGCUCGAUUUGUGGGAUAAAAAUUCCAUCGAAGAGUUGGAUCUUGAUUUGAAAGAUGGUAAUUUGGUUACCUCUGAUAACAUGGAGAAAACGCCUGAUUCUGGUAUUAGGUCUGCUUCUUACGAAACAUUGUCAGAGGUAGUUGACGCUGGAAAGACUAAAAAUGCAAACACUAAUGAUAGUCUCCAUCUCAAAAAUAAUAGAUCUAUAAAUGAUCUUCUCGAUGAUAUCAAAUCGUUUUCUGAUUUGCCAAGUCAACCUGAGGUUGUUUCUAAUAGGAACAAUAAUGAAACAAGACAGAAAACAGGUGAAAAUUUUGUGAAAGAUAUUCCAAAUAGGAACAAUAAUGUAGGGAAAAAUAAUGAGACAAGACCGAAAGAGGGGGAACAUUUUGUGAAAGAUAGUCUCUCCCCCAAAUCACCUAGUAACUCGUUUAAGCGACAUUAUUUCAUAGAUGAGGAUAUGAUGGAUAGAGUUGAUUUAACUGAGGAACAGAUGUACAGUCGAGGGAGGUCUCCAAGAUCGUUGGAUAAUUUGGGGAGUGGUGCUAUUGACAAGAAAUUGGGCAACUCAGUUUUGAUAAGACCGCGUGAUUUUGGGGGUGAUGAAACUUCUGCAAGGGAUGAUUCCCUUGAAAAUGAUAGGUUAUCAUUUAUGACUGAGAAUAAGCGGGAAAAGAGUAGAGAAAUAUUAGUAUUGGAUGAGAAUCAGCGGGAAAAGAGUGAAGAACGUUUGAAAUUAGACGAAGAAGAUGAAGGGAAAAUUGGUGGAAAUGGACUGGAAUAUUCUGAGGCUGGUAUAUCUAGAAUUUCGGUGAUUAAUCGUUUGAAAAAUAGUAACGAAAGUGAAAGUGAAAGAAGCAGAUUGUUGGGGGAUAGUGGUAAUGAUAGUAGGUUAGAAUUGAAGGGCAAGGCGUCGUCUCCUAGAAUUGAUAGUGAAUUUGAAAGUUAUCAAGAAAAUAUGAGGAGAAAAAUGCAGACCAAACUGAAUCAAUUGCAGAAGGAGCUGGAUGAUAAGUUGGAUGCAGCCAGAAAGGAGUUCAGCGAGAGAGAGAAAGCGGAAUUCGAGAGACUCGAGAGGGCAAUGAAUGAGAAACUAGACUUUUUGAGACAGGAGUUGAAAGACCAGGAGGAGAAGCGAAGGACUGCGAUGAGAGAAAUAACAGAUUCGUCAUUGGAAGAAUACAAACGUCAAUUAGAUGUGGAGAAAGAUGAGAAGUUGAAGAAGCUAGAAGAAGAGAAGAAGAACUUUUUAGAGAAGCAAGAAGAAAUCUCAAAGACUGAAUUGAAACGCGUGGAGGAUGAGACAAAUCAUCGGGUGCAGGCCAGUGUUCAUAUAUUAGCAAAGGUUGUGGAGGAGGUAAAGCAGCGGGAAGAAAAAGAAAUCGAGAGGAUAAAAAGCGAAAGUGAUGAGAGAAUGGAAUUGAUCAGGAAAGAGUAUGAGGCGAAACAGGAAGAGUUCACUGAAAAAAUGAAGCGGGAGACAGAGGUGAUUGAGCAAGAGAUGACACAGAUGAAAGUGCGCAGUCAGCAGAAAUGGGAUGAGGAGGAGAGGACGCGGAGGGAGCUGAGGGAGGCGGAGAGGAGGAGGCAGCAGGAGGAGGGGGUGAAUACGGCUGAUGAACACAGGGCGCAUAUGCAGGUGCUCCGAGAACAGUGCAAACAGGAGGAGGAAACUCUGCGAAAGAAACACGCUGACAAAGUGGAAAUACUGAAUAGAGCUUUGGAGAAAGAUUCUGUCGACAUAACUCAACUAACUCGUGACUUUGAAAAAGUGCGCUGUGAAAAGCGUCUGCUGGAGGACAAGUACCGCACUCUGAAGGAGAAGUACAUCAAGUUGAAGAGUGACAUCCGGCUCUCGUUGGAGCGCAAACGCCAGGCCAAGCUGAAUCGCAAGAACAGGGAACAGUCCACCACUGAGGAUACUGAUCGGUCCACGUCGCACAGCCGGACUGAGCCACAACUCAGGAGCAUUUCACCGAGAAAGAAGUACCAGAGCACCGACGAAGAGGGCCCGGGUGAGAGAGAGAACGUGACGCCGAAAACGAUCCGACGCCGGCCGACGUCGAUGGGAGGUCGUACGCCGGUCGUAGCGAGUCUGACCGUGUCGGACGAUCGUCGUGACGUGUCGGUGUCGCCCGUUAGUCCGGCGGCGACUCUGAACGGAAAAGGCGGUGGCAGUGAACUGGUGGUGGGGGAAGGGAGCAGUAAAAAUCCAAAAAACCUGGAAGUGGUUGGGGAAUGGGGCAGUAAGAACCCAAGAACCGGAGAAGUGGGGAUUGAAGGGGGUAGUAAGAAUCCAAAAAACGUCUGUGAUCCUUCCCCUGUGAGCCUGAUGGUGGCUAGAGGGGAAGGAAAUAUGGAUACUGAAGUAUCUGACACUGAGAUGUCCUCAUCAUUUGCCAGUCUUCCCCAAAAGACUGAACAAAAGGCUGAAGCUUCGAACAGACGCAGCGUGAAAUCGACGUGGACAAAGGAGAAGAAGACUGAUGAGACCAGAGGCAAUCCGCUGGAGAAUCUGAAACAACAGCUGGAGAAGUUGGAUGAGCUGGAGGAACAGUUUCCAGCAUCUGCGCACACUGACACCUACCUCAGAUAUCCGUUCAGCGGUCCCGCUGGCACCAGCUGUGAGCUGGAGUUCUACCGACAUCGUCUGCACUUGGAACGUGAGUCGGUGAAGCGAGCCAAGCAGGCUCUCAUCGACCAGAAGCGCAUUCUGGACGGCAGGCAGGCGCAACUCAAGCGAGCCUCACACACGUCGUCCGCUGUACAUCAACUGCAGAAGGAAGAGGUAGAACUGACAGACAUGGAGGUACACCUGCAUCGUACCAAAGCUCUGUUGGGAGAGAAGAUAAUUCGGCUGAAGAGGUUGGAACAGUCGCUAGAGCAGUGUGCGCCCUCUGUCACUCGCACCUCUCCCUCUAACACACUGUCAGAGGCCUCUCACAGUUCCGGGUUCAGCGGAAGUGAUCUUGACUCUAGUCCUUACGUGAAAGCAACCACUUUGAGACCUGAGAGGUAUUGGACAGAUGCGUCUUUCAACGUUCUGCAGAGCCUCGAGAAUAUCAACUGCGAAAUCAGAGAGAUCUGGGGAAUUCUUGGCAAACAGCAGAUACCAGAGUUGGGUCCCCCGCCACUGGUUCAGUACAGCGAUCUUCAACAGCACCGGGCCGAUCUGCAUCAUCCUGACCCCUACCACAUGCGGUUACAAACAGCUGAGAUAGCAGACCGCACAAGGGGCCUGCGCGAUUGGCUGGUCAAGGCCAGGCAUGAUCCCACCAAUCACUAGUCUCCAAACCUCGACCAAUCCCGUCACAGCUAACAGAAAGGUUACUGAUACUGGUCUAGUUAUCCGAAUGUAUAUCUUUGAAACAACUAUUCAUUUUUUUACAAAGGCAAGUUUCUACAAUAUGUUAAGCCUAGAUGAUGAUGAGGGAUUUAUGAUAAUACAGUGUAUAUUUUUAACAAUUAUUUAUUUAUUUAAAAAGGCAUAUUUCUGCAAGUAUUUUAAGCCUAUAGUCAGGUCCACGUUAUGGCAGUGUUUGAUUAGCAAUGGUAUUGCUAUCCUUGUCUAUCAUUCAACAAAGCGGAUAGUGCUACCUCUUUUUCGCUUUACUCUGUUGCCAGAUCGUCUUAUAACAAUGUGGAAUUAAUAAUAAUUAAUUAACAAAAUAUUUCAUCUUAAUUAUGAAAAUUCAUUAUGCGAUUAUUGAAGAAUAUAAUUCCUUGCUUAACCUAUCGGUAGUCGCGCCCUACUCAAUCACACGAGCAGUCGCGUGUUGUAUUUUGUACAACAUCCAAUUUUCCAAGUGUUAUGUACUCUGUUUACUGUCAAAACAUAUUAAUUAAUUAUGUAUUAUUUUUUCCAUCUUAUUGGAUUAUUUUACGCCUAUGAACAUUUGGAUGAUUACCAUUUCAUACCCCAAUAAGGUACAUCAAACAAAGCCUAUGUUAUUGUUUCGUAACACAAAUUCUAUGUUAUUGUUUUGUUUACUGUCCUCGUAUACAGUCUUUCCCUAUCUUAUGCAUAGUACGACUAAAUGGCACCUAAAGACUGAACCAUUGCUCGGUUGAUACUGCAACUCAAUGGAGUGAUGGGGGAAAGUUUUGGAAU